AUGGAGGCGUUUAGAAAUAUUAAAAAUAAAUUCACCAAGCAUAUGGCAGCAAGGAAAAUAAGGGCUUUGUGGUCAGAUUAUUUAAAAGUUGCAGAUAUAAAGGAUUCAGAUGUUAUGGUUUUAAGAUUAAAUAAAUUUUUAGAUUCAUUUCAAGAAACCUAUAAAGAAUUGGUUGAUUCAGGUCAAAUUAAUUCAUUCGAUUUAGAUAAAUUUUUUGGGGAUUGCUCAGAUAUUUUAGUAUCUCUUUUAGACUUGGUCGAGAGAGAAUCAAAAGAGAAUCAACAACAACAACAACAGAUAACCAAAGAUGACUCAUUAGAUUAUAUUGCUGAAAUUAUAAAUAAAUCUUUAGGUGUUGCCGAAUUAAUUUUACAUGAUGAAAAAUAUAAAUUAGUGGUUAAGGAAACACCAAAUUUAAUUAAUAGAAUUUUAACUUUAUUAGAUACACUUAGCACUAGUGAAAAUAAAAAGGUAUUGUUAAGAGUUAUUAGUGCAGUGGGUGAAAAUACCGACAACAAAUUAGAGAUUGGUAGAUUAGAGGGUUUUAAAAAACUAUUGGUUUUAAUGCAUAACGAUAAAGAAUUAACUCAAGAGAUUUUAAAAACAAUCAAGCAUUUUUUAGAUAUAAAACAAACUUUGCCAACCGAAGAGGAGUUGAUAAACAAUAUGAAAAAGUCAUUAUCAAUGUCAUCUAUUAGUGAAUUUGCAAGAUUAAAAAUUGGCUCAGUAGUAUCAGAAGGUUUCAAAGUAAUUGUUGGUGAGUUCCAAAAAGUUUUCUCCCCAAAUGAUGGUGAUUUACCAAUUAAACAACUAAUUGAGCAACCAUUAAGAGGAGAUAUGGCAGAAGAAAGCUCAUUUAUCCCCUCAAAAGAAUCGGUGGAGCUUGCAUUUAUAGAGUUAAUACAUCAAGAAAAGAAUAAAGAUAAAGUUGAUGAGAAUAGUGACAAUGAUAAUCAAGAUACUAUUAUUAAUACCACUACUACAACUACUACCACUACCACCACAACAACAACAAUUACAAAUCCAAUUCAAUUAACUGAACCAUCAUUAAUUACAAGAAGAUCAAGCUUACCAAUACCAAUUACUGGAAAUAAACAGAUUAGUAUUUCUCCAACAAACAGUUUAAAUGAAAAUUUAAAUGAUGAGGAUAUUGUUCCAACAACAACCACUACAACAUCUAAUAUUAUAUCAGAAGAGGAAAUACUAAAAGAUUUCAUGAGGGUUCAAGGUGCAUUAGUAUCCCUAACCAACAGCAUUCAAGAAGCAGCUCAAACUGUUCAAUUGGAUCUUUUAGAGACUAUUAGUAAGCUUUUAUAUAACAAUCAAAAGAAUCAAACUGAAUUUAGAAAUAUGGAUGGUUAUUCAAUUUUAAUUCAUCUCUUUGACAAUUUGGAUGAUUUCAAUAGUGCUCAAGGUAGAGAAUUUUUGGAAGAUUGUUUCAAUUUAUUUUUUGUUAUAAUUUUAGAUGGCAAUAAAUCCAAACGUAUUACCAAUAUGGACGCCUUCAAUUUAUUAUUUCAAAUUUUAUUAAACUCAACUAAAACUGAAGUACAGCUUCAAUCUUUAACAUGCAUACAAGAUUUAAUUUCAAUUAAUCCUUUAAAUAUUGUGAAUAUUAAGAGUAUUGAUGGUAUAGAUCAACUAUUUCAACUAUUAUUAGUUUUAGAAAAGAAAAAAGAAAUUGAAAAAGAGAAGAAUAAAAAUAGAGAUAAUGAACAGGUUAACACUAAUAAUUUUGAUAAUAAUAGUGCCAAUAAUAACAAUAAUAAUAGUAAAAAUAAUAUUAAUAAUAAUUUAUCAAUUGUAGAUAUAGAAAGAGAUUUAACAAAAUUAUUAUUAGCAACCAGCGAAUUAAUACUUUAUAUUGGUGUCUUAUUUAGUAAAUAUGACACUUUUGUAUUUGAUAAAUAUAUAUCAUUAUUAGAAAAAGAAGAAAUUCAAUCAUCUCACACAUUAAAUUGUUUAUUACUUCAAUCAUUAAUCACCUUAUUAGCUGACACAGUUUACCAUCGUUCAUUAGUAUCAACCAAAGAAGAUCUAUUAGAGAAAUUUGUAAAUCAAAUUAACUCUAUUUCUGAAGAGUUUAAGAACCUUCAAUUAGAAGAAGAACAACAUAUUCAACAACAACAACAACAAGAAGUUUAUUCAAUCGAUAUUCAUAUCAAUUCAAAUUAUUUUAUUGAAAAGCAAUCAAUUAUAGCCGAAAAAGCUUUAUUAAUUUUAGAACUUAUCAUAAUGUAUAUCCAUUAUUCAUCAGAUUCCUUAUUCCAUGAAUUUAUUACAAAAUAUGAUGGUUUUCAAUUAUUUGUAAAAUUAGUUAAACAAGUUAACAUAGACAAUGAUGUAUACGAUUUAUGUUUUUGGAGCAUUUGUAGAGUUAUCUCUCGUUCAAGUUUGCAACUCCAACAGUGUAACACAGGCACUGGCUCAUCUUCUGUACAACCUAUUGGAUCUUCACAGUUUUGGAAUCAAAUUUUAUAUAACCAUAUAAAUUCACUAAUUCAACUUUUAGAAGAUAAUAAUAUUUCAGAUCAAAAGAAAGAAUCAAUGUGCUAUUGUAUUGCCGAAAUGAUGCAUGCUGACUCAUUAAACGAUGUUCCAUUAAAGAUUAAAUUCCAAGAGAUGGGUAUAUUGAAUGUAUUAAUCAAUAUAAUCAAAAAGAAGAAAACUACCGAAUCACAAUCAUUAGUUUACGCAAGCUUAGUAACUAUUUGUGAAAUUUGUUUUGGUUGUGAAGAGAAUAAACGUGUUAUUGAUCAAUUAGGUUUCAUGACAUUAUCAUCUUUGGUCAAAAAUACUAGUGUUCAAAUUGAUGAUUAUUUAUAUCAAUUAUUGGUCGAACUAACAAUGAAUAAAAAGGUCCAAAUUAGAUAUGAAACCAAUUACCUAAAAGAACUAUUCUCGCCAACUCUCUAUAAAAUCAUUUCAAAUAUUCUAUCACCACAGCCACAAUAUACUUUCCUUUUACCUCAUUCAAAGAAACACUAUGAUAUUCAAUCCUACAACUCUUCUUCAUCACAACCACACCAUGGUCACCAACACGCACUUCAUCAACAACAUCUUCAAAAUCAACAACAACUUUAUAACCAACAACAGCUCCAGCUAUACCAACAACAACAAUUGCAAUUACAAUUACAACAGCAACAACAAAUCUAUCAACAAUACCAACUUCAACAAUUACAACAGCAACAACAGUUGUAUGGUGAUGAAAUUAAUCUCGGUGAUGAUAAUGUUGAAUUCUCUAAAGACUCACCAAUCUCCAGUCCAUCCACUACUCCUCAAAGUGUUUCAUUAUCAAACUCUAUGAAUGGUAACCAAAAUUCACAUCUAUAUCAACAGUAUCAGCUUUAUUUACAACAACAAUUACAACUACAACAAACACCUUUACCAAUGUCCCACCACUUACAACAAAGAGUUGGUAUUGUAAGAGUUCCAAGCUUUAAAGAUUUAUUUACAAAUACAAGAAGAAAUAGUAUCGGUUCAUGGGUUGGUUCAUUUGAUGACCUCUAUGGUUUUUGUCAACAACAACAACAGCAACCAUUGGAUUCAAUUAAUCAAUCUAUAUCCAAUGAGCCACAUCAAUCACCAAGAACUCCCAUCUCCGUUAUUGGCGAUAACAGUAGUGAUAAUGGAAUAAUCUCAAAAACCUCAUCACAUCCACAUUUACGUAGUUUAGAAGAGGAAAAGGAAACCAUCUACUCUUAUACACUCUUAGGUAAAUCUAGAAUUCGUUCCCCAGAUGCAUCAUUAAUGCUGGUCGAUCUAUUACCACAAUGCCCAUUAAUAUCACAACAGCUAAAUCUCGUUUUGCUCAUGAAGAUUUUAGAAUCAAAUCCUCAAAACAAAAAGAUGCUAUGCUCUGCACAAGGUUUGAAAUACCUUUUAAACCUCUCACACCAAUGCCCAGAGGAACUUCAAUCAUACUAUAGUCGUAUUAUUGUCAUUCUUGGUCUUUAUGAUAUCUCUCCAGUCGAGGUUAAACUUUUAUUCGAUCUUGCUUGCUCACCAACAUUAGCCAUUGACUCACACCCAACACUCCAAUAUCAAAACUAUUCAAACAGUGGUAGCACUCCAAGUCUAACCAAUUCUGGAUCAAAGAAAAAUAGAAAAUAUGAAUUACAAAUGCAAGUUCUCUAUAUUAUUGGUACACUUACUGAAAGAAAAGCACCUCCAUUAUACUUUAAUUUUGAUGGCUUUGAUAGUUGUAUUAAAACUGGUACAAUUGACAAAUUCCCAAGUGCAAGAAGUGGUUAUACCUUUAGCUGCUGGAUUAAAACCAACUAUUUCCUUAGCGAUGAAUCAGGUUUAUUUAGUUGGCAAGAUCAAAAUCAUAAUAAUAUCUUUGAGGUCUUUUUCAAAUCAUUACCAUUGGGCAAAUCAUCCGAAACCAAAAGAUAUCUAUGCAUUCAAACCCGUAACUAUCCAUCACCACCAGAAACCUUCUCAUUUGAUAAAUUUGCUUUUAAUGAAUGUGGUAAUUGGAAUCAUAUUGUAAUUACCCACUCAAAACAAAAAAUAACAUUAUUUGUUAAUGGCAAAUUCAUUCAAAACUAUAGUACUCUUAACUAUCCAAAACUAAUUACCAAAGACAAACCAAUUUCAGGCUGGAUUGGCAAAAGAGUUUACAAUAAUGACCACACUCCAUCCAAUAUUGCAAAUAUUAAAACACAAAGUAGUCCAGUUGAAAAUAUUGCUGAAAGAGGUUAUUUCUGUGGCCAAAUGGGUACAAUUCAUUUCUUUGAAGGUGUUUGGGAUGCACACGCCUGUCAUAAAGUUUGCUCAAGAGGUAAUCUUUAUAAUAGUACUUAUAAAUCUUUGGGUGUUGAUAAUAAAGAAUUUUUAGUUAUUAAACCUGCCCCACUUCCAGUAAUACCAUCGUUAUCAUCAUCAUCAUCAAUACCACAAGAACCAAUCACACCAUUAAGUUUUUCAAUGUCUGGUGAUAACUUUUUCCAACAACCACCAACCAUUACAACAUCCCCAGUACAAAAUACAAACAAUAGCAAUAGUAUUAAUACCUCAACAUCAACAUUAACUCCAGUAUUAAAUAACAACAGUGGUAAUAAUCAAUCACCAAACUCUUCGCCUUCAAUUAAUAGAACAUUAUCAAUUGGUGAUAAUAUUGAAGAAAAUACUAAUAGUAAUAUAAAUAAUAUAAAUAAUUCAUCAUUACCAAAUACCGAAUUAUUUAGAGUCCCAAAUGAAACUCAGGGUGCAGUUAUUGAAUUCCUUGGUGGUGUCAAUGUUCAUCAAACAAGAUGUCUUAAGGAUGUAAUUAAAGAAGUAGGUGGUAUUCAUUUAUGCUUCCCAUUCCUCGAUAUGGAACCUGCCCAACAAGUUGCUGGUCUUAGAAUUCUUUCUGGUCUAUUACAUAAGAGUGAAUCAAAUAAAAGUCAAUUUAGAGAGAUUAAUGGCUUUGCAAUCCUCUAUUAUCUUUUAAAUAGGUUCUCCGUUUCAAAUGUUGCAAGUCCACAUUCUGAACUAUCUAUGGAAACAUUCGAAAUUUUGUUUGACCUUUUAUUAGAUGGUAUGGGCAACACAUCAGACCCAAAACACUUGUGGAGUAACGAUUGCCUAACCUUAAUUUUAGAUUUACUUCAUUUCUGCUCCGAGGAAUUACAACUUCACAUAUUAAAAUAUUUAAACACAAUGUUACAUAACUCACCAGAUACAUUAAAACUUUGGGUAACUCAUUCAACUGAAGAUAGCGCAGGUGCCAAUAGUGGUAAUAUCAAUAGUAGUGGUUUAACAAAUAGUUUAAGCAAUAGUAACUUAUCAGAAAUUGCCUCAGAUCAAUCACCACAAUCAAACAAUAAUAAUAACAAUUCAAAUAUUAACUCCUCAUCAUCAUCGAUUCAGAACCCAAAUAGCUUACCAUCAUUUUUAAAUAGUGUUUCAGUUUCAAGAUUAAAUUAUUUAUUAGAUAUUUCAGUAAAACUAUCAACAGAUAGCACAUUUUUAUUGGGUAUAAUUAAAAAGAUACUACCAUCUAUUAGUAUUGAAGAUGUUGAAUCAAUAUUUGAAUUUUUAAUUGAAAACAAGGAAGGUUACUAUGAAAAGAUUUCAACAAAAGCUAAAAUUUUAGAACUAGUAUACGAAGAAAUGAGAAAGUGCCCAUCACUUUUAGAGCAUUUACGUUCAAUUGGUGGAUUCAAUGUUGUUUUCUCUUUGAUUGAAAUUCCAAGUGAAGAGAUUCAUAUUCUCUCCCUCAAAUUAGUUGGUUUAUUAUUACAUUCAAAUACCAAAGCAGCAUUACUUUUUAGAAAAAACGGUGGCUUUGAUGUAUUAGCAUCAUUAAUUUCAACCUAUUCAAUUCCAUCCGUACCAAUUUGCAGAACUCUUUUACACUUAAUGGUUGACGAAUAUAAAUUUGAUCCAAAAUGUGUACCCGAAACUAAACAAAGAUCGCUUAGCUGGAUCUCUUUAGAUUUCUUUUCAAGAGAUAAGAGUUCUGAUAAUUUAUCUAAUUUAGCCUCUUCAAGUGGCAGCGGUCCAACCACUGGUGAUAUUAGUGCUGAAACUACUACUAUUGAUGAUAUGUCAUCCUCCUCAUCCUCAGCAUCACAUCAAGACAGUGCCUAUCAAGUUGGUGAAUCAAAUGAAAAAAAUAUAGUAUACCCAGAAGCUUUACAUUCAAUUCUUACCAUUUUCCAUAACUAUUUCUAUUUAUCAAGUGAAAUUAUCGGCUUUGAAGAUAUCCAAAAAAUUCAAUCCACCAUCUACACUGAGAUCGAGCAAAUAUUAGAUAAUGUAAAUAUGGAUAUCUUGUGGAACCAAUCCUGGUACGAAUGGGUACAUCAACUAUUAGACUAUUCAAACUACUCAAUUACAAGCAACCUAAACAACCUUAACUUUAUUAAUCAACUCGGUAAUCAACAACAACUAUUGCAACAACUACAACAACAACAAUUAAAUAUUGAUAACUUGGAGCUAUUCCUCGCAAAAUCUAACAACUCCUAUAUCAAACUACUUUCAAUUUGUAAAAAACUCAUUUUACACGAAUUAACAAAGAAACAGUCUAAAAUUUUGAAAUUCAAAGAGAUUUGGAUUGAUAAUGAAGAAUUUUACUUUGAUAUCAUCGAAUCUGUAAUCGACUAUUUCGAACAAAAUUCUUAUGUAUUACCAGAUAACUCUACCGAACUCAUUAAAAACCUCGUGCAAUUCCUCAAGACAUUGGAUGAUAUGACCGUUCCUUAUCAUAUCUCAAUGAAGAUUAUCGACUUAAUCAAUUCAAUAGCAUUCCAAAAUACCCCAGCCAUUAGACUACAAAUGAAAUCGAAUGGUCUUGUAGAGAUAAGAGACAAUUUAAUCAUUUUAUUAUUGGGCAACCCUAACACCAGAUUAGAUUUCUUUAGUAAAUUUGAUUUCGAGUGUGUUGCUGAUCAAAAAGCUUUUAGAGAUUCCGGUGGUAUUUUAUAUUUAUUACAAUUCUUCGUAGUGUCAGAUAAUGACCCAGAAAGACAAAUCGAAAUUUAUCACGUAUUAAGAAAUGUAAUGGGUUCAAGCAGUGAAGAAAAUAGAAAGAUUAUUUCAAAUAUUUUAGAAGACCAAACAAUCAUCCAAUUAUUUUUUGGUGAAGAUUUAUUAAAAAAUCAAAAAAAUAAACAACAAAUUCAACAACAGCAACCGGAUUCAAAUGAAAUUAAUUUUGUAGAAUGGUAUAACAGCGAAGAAUUAACAGCACAAAAAAGAAUUGAUAUUAAAUUAAGAAUCGACAAAAAUUUAGCUCCAAUAGAAAAUAAAUAUAAUAACCAACAAGAAAAAUUAAUGAAAUCAAAAGAAAAAAGAAUCAAACAACGUAAAGAAAAAUUAUCAAAAUUAUACUCCACUCUCUGUAAAUUAUUAAUCGAAACCAAUGAAAAACGAAGAAUUCGUUCAAAUAAAAUGAACUCACUUUAUUUGGCUAAAUCACAACUAAUCCCUUUCAAAUCUCAAGAACGUUUAAAACUUGGUAGAUCUUUAAACUUAAAAAUAAAGAAUAAUUAA